AUGCGAAGUGUUUGUAACCAACCGAAAUUAAUUAUCAGUGUUUAUGGAGGUCGCAAGUAUUUUACAAUGAGUGAAGAUAUCGAAAAAGAAUUUAUGGAUAGUAUGGCAGAAGCAGCCAUCACUUCAGGAACGUGGAUUAUUACGUCUGGUCUGAACAACGGUGCUGCAAAGUUAAUUGGUGAAGGAGUUGCUCGUCUUCGAGCAUUAGUAUAUAAGAAACGAGAUGUGACUUUAGUCGGAAUGGCCUGGUGGGGAAAUAUAGCAGAAAAAGCGAGAACAAUGGUGUUACAGCUACAGAGGAAAUAUUCUAGAACAAAUAGUCGUGAAACGAUUCUUACCAAUACCAAAGUUCCUUUUCGAUUUGAUGAUAAAGACACUCAUGCUCUGGAAAGGAAUCAUACGCAUUUUUUGCUUUUGGAUGAUGGCAAGUAUCGUAGCCAGGAUAAACGUGAAGAAAGUUCGUCAUCAGAGCAACAAGCAGAAUUUAUGAAAAUUAUCAACUAUCCAAAAGAAAUGCAACGUUCUGAUUUUGUUACACAUGCUUGUGAGAUUGAAAAGUGCUAUAGUGUAACUAUUGUGAUUGAAGGUGGUAUCAAUCCUUGUCUAGCAAUUUUGAAUGACAUUCAAUAUAAACGUCCAGUUGUUUUCGUUCAAGUAUAUAUUGUUUUAUGCAUAAAUACUGUUCACUUGCUUUCUUUGCCUGAAUAG